CCUUUCGGAACUACCACCAUCCCAACGCGAUCGAACCCGUAACCCGUAGCCCGUCGCUACUAAAGCUUAAGGAGCUCUGCUCCCCUCGAUUCCUUCAUCAUGCCUCUAAACGUCUUCCGUAUCCUGGGGGAUUUCUCCCAUUUGGCCUCCAUCUUGAUCCUCUUACACAAGAUGACAGAGCUCAAUGGCGCCUCAGGAAUCUCGUUCAAAUCCCAAGCUCUCUACUUAAUGGUCUAUAUCACCCGUUAUUUAGAUCUCUUUAGCACGACUAGCCCCUACAACAUCAUCUUUAAGAUCCUUUUCAUCGCCAGCCAGAGCUACGUCGUCUACCUUAUGACGACCAAGUACAAGCCGACGGUCGAUCCCAAUCUCGAUACCUUCCGUGUACGAUACCUUCUAGGCGGUGCUGCGGUCCUCGCCAUUCUCAUACCGUACGAGUACACAUUCUCCGAGAUCCUAUGGGCAUUCUCGAUCUGGCUAGAGUCUGUCGCUAUUCUUCCUCAGUUGUUCAUGCUGCAGAGGACUGGCGAGGCCGAGGUCAUCACGACCCACUACCUCUUCGCGCUGGGUAUCUACCGAACUCUGUACAUCCCCAACUGGAUCUACAGGUACAUCACUGAGCCCAAGCACAAGGUCGACUGGAUUGCUAUCGUGGCCGGCCUCAUCCAGACGGUUCUGUACAGCGACUUCUUCUGGAUCUACUACAACAAGGUGCUCAAGGGCAAGAAGUUCAAGCUCCCCGUAUAAGCGACUCGACUAUUAUUUAUGGGUGGAAAAGGGGUUGGCUCUGAUAUCUCGUGGUGAGAUCCAAAUACCUCCCGAGUAUUCGCAGAUUUCUCGUUUAUAGGCGACCCACGGGCUCACGGGGAUGGAGCGCUCACAUAUACUGAGUGCGGUGAGGCCUGCGGGGGUUUCGAACAUGUCUUAAAUAGAACGUGUCUUCACGGCGUGUCGGUUG